CCGCAGCCCUUUGUCCGUGCUGAUCCCUAGCCUGGAGGCGAGCAGAGCACCCGUGUUGGAGCUCCACACGGCCCAGCCACCACCCCAAGGCUCGGCACCGCUCCUUCCCUCGCCCUCCGCGGCAUCCCCGCCUCCCGAGGCCGCGGCAGGCCCGCCCCUUCCUCCGCGCCGCGCCCGCAGCCGCGAUCGGGAUCCGGGAUCGGCUCCGCCAUGCCGAAACACGAAUUCUUCGUGGACAUGACCUGUGAGGGCUGUUCCAAUGCAGUCACCCGUGUCCUGCACAGGCUGGGAGGUGUCAACUUUGAUAUUGACCUGCCCAACAAGAAGGUGUACAUUGACUCAGAGCACAACGUUGACACGCUCUUGGAAACCCUCAAGAAGACUGGAAAGAAUGCUUCCUACCUUGGGGAGAAGUCUGCACAGUAGCUUUGCCUGGUGUGAGGAGCUAGGAACUCAAUCAUGACUUCAGCAAAAAAGAUGGCUUAACAGUCUGCAUGUGUCCCAGCUUGCUGUGUCAUUUGACCUUUGCCAGAUGUCAGAAAGCAGAGGGCUGGCAGGAGGAGACAGCUGGGCCUUGUGCUCCAGAAGUGGAGAGGUCUGGGGGAGGAGGUUGUGUGGUGUUUCUAGUCCCACAGUAAAUCAAGGCACUGCUUUUAA